AUGGCGUUGAGUAUUUUGAAGAACCUCGUAAAAUUUUCAUCAUCGACGGCAACCACCACCGCCACCAGAAAUUUCAGCCUCGUAACCACUCAAAUCAGCAACCAUACGGCCAAGUGGAUGCAGGAUACAAGCAAGAAAUCUCCAAUGGAGCUGAUCAAUGAAGUACCACCAAUUAAGGUCGAAGGCAGGAUAGUUGCUUGUGAAGGAGAUACUGAUCCCGCCCUGGGACACCCAAUUGAAUAUAUAUGCCUUGACUUGGCCAAGCCAGCUGUCUGCAAAUAUUGUGGCCUGCGAUAUGUUCAGGAUCACCACCAUUAG